UCUGCUGCAAUUGCAAUAGGCAAUCCAUACAGCCCCGAGUGCCUAGUCAUCACCGCCUCAAUGCAACAAUAGCCUCGUCGUCCGCCCAGAGACCGACACGAACCGGAUCGCAAGCAACGCCUUGCAGUCUUUCCAUCCUCACCACAGCUUUCGUUUGAUCAGUCGCUCUCUGACCGCCGUCGAACUGGAUUCACGAGCCCCCAAACCAACAUCACAACGCCACCAGACAUAUCCAUCAUGUCCGCUUUACCACCCGACCCGUACAAGAUUUUAGGCGUUUCCAAAGAUGCACAACUCGCAGAAAUUCGAAGUGCUCACCGAAAGCUCGUCCUUAAAUGCCAUCCCGACAAGGUCCAGGACCCAACGCUCAAGGCCCAAAAGCAAGAUGAGUUCCAAAAGGUCCAACAGGCCUACGAGAUUUUGAGCGACGAAAACGAGCGAGGAAAGUACGAUGACAACGUCAAACUGGCCGAACUCCGCAAGGAGAUGGCCAAGGGCAUGUCCGCCAACACCUCGGCUCCCAGAGCGCCUGCAGCCAGAUCUUACGAAGUCCGCACCGCCGAGCCCCGACCGGAUACCUACAAGACGACGUACCGUGCCUCGCCCGGCGGCAAACCCAUGUACUCUACCGGGUACAAUUCUCGAUCUUGGGACGAAGAAAUUCACAGCAGAUCAAACUCCAUCUUCGAGGAGCCUCGGGCUCGUCGGGCCGCAAGUUACGAGAAACCGUCCCGCCAAGAUGACGAAAGAGAUCGUGAGCGGGAACGCAGACGUAGGGAAGAUAGGGACAGAGAACGCGAGGAGCUUGCACGUGCCGCAGACCGCAAAGACAGGGAGCGCGAGAGGGAACGCGCAGAAAGGAAGGCCUAUGACAAGGCCGCCAAGAGGGCCGUUGAGAAGGCUGCGGCCGAGAAGGAAGAGCGACGUCAAGAACGCAAACGCCAAGAGAAGGCCGAAAAGGACCGCAAACGCGAGGCUGAGGAGAAAUCGCGGAGACACAAGCCUGUCUACGUCGAAGACGACGAGUCCGGCUAUUUCGCCAAAUCCGACAAGAAGAAAUCAAGUAGCACCAAGGAGAAGGAGAAGGACAAGCGGUCCCGCUCGAUCCCGCGUGACGGCGCUCCUCUCCGGGAAGAGCCUCCUGUGCCGCCUUUGCCUCCUGUCCCGGCUGACGCCAAAGGUUCCAAAUACAACGAUGCCGUACUGUUCGCAGCGUCCUACAUGGAACAAUCACGCAAGGCUCACCCGGGUCUGAGCCGUGCCCAGACCUCUUAUGAGCCUCGACAUGCGCCUCCUGUCGCGGUUCCGACACCCCCGGCUGCGAUGCCUUUCCCUCCCCCUCCCCCUCCGCCCAUGCCUACUGUUGAGGAGGAUACCAGUCGCAGAUCAAAGUCGAGGCGCUCCUCUGAGACCAAGGCUCGGGACAAGUCGAGCCACAAGAAGUCGUCUCCUACAAAGGAGGCGCCAGUUCCGCCAUCGCCUAAUGUCGUCGAUGCCUCUCCUAGCACUCGCCACGUGGCUCAGUUCGCCUCCGCAACGUCCUCGCCUGCGUCCACUUCGCCGCCUAAGCACCUGGGCAGAUCGGCCACCUUCAACGAUGGGUACAACCGCCCUCCUCCUGGUCCUGUUAGAGCUCAAACCUUUUCUCAUGUGCCUGCCGAGUCUGCCGACACUCGGGGCCGUGGCCGUUCAAGGCUGCAGCCGCAGGUGAGCGAGGACUCUGAAUCGGAAGAAGAACGCCAUUAUCAGCAAAGGAGCCAUCGACACAGAACUCACUCUCCCGAGGCAAUGUCGUAUGAGACUGGCCAUCGAACUCGAUAUACCGUCAACGCUGGUAGAACAGUCCCAGUCGCUGCUGAGGCCGCUUACGCAUCUGCGUACCGCGACGACUCUCCUCCGAGGAAGCCCAGCAAGCACACCGACUACUACAAUGUUCGCCCUCCCAUGCCGUCUCGGGAGGCGAGCUACUCGGGUUCGAGCGCGUAUUUCGGCAAGGUGAAGACGGCGAGAUCGCCUACUAGUACGCUUAGCGGCGAAAGCUUGGCGCAGCUCAACCACGUCUCGAUCUCACGAUGAUCAUGCCGCCGUCUUCGCGAUGAGAGAUAGGUCGCUCUGCUGGAACGCGUCGAUGUCCAUUCUCCUUGCGACCUGAUUUGCGCGGCUGAUUUUCAUUUUCUAUUUCUUGUUAGCUUCCAUGUUUCCAUUGCUAGGUUCUUUUUCUUUGGUUC